GGUAAUGCGACUCGACCUUAUCCAUAGACCCGUCAUAGAAGACAGGCGGAAACAGCAGUAGCACCAGAGAGGACAUGCUGUUUGGUAAACAACGAAAACUAUCAGUUUGGAAUACAUGUCUUCACGGCUAUUUGGUUUUCUAGAAGAUUUAUAUUGCCCGGAUAACCGACAGUGCUGCAAAUUAAGGGAGAGAAAAACAGCUUGCUGUCAGGCUUGCGUUUGCUUGAAACGUUCACUGACGCCCCCAUCUAGUUAGCAUAGCUACCGCUAAAUUACCAACAUUUAGUUGCGUAUUAACGUUAGCAGUUAGUUAUCUGGUAGAUAUUUUUAAAAAGCCUCGGGGCCAUGAUGCAAGAGGAGUAUUUGUGAAGAACCCAUCCACGUGCCAUGUCUCUGGUUUUCCCACGACCCAACACCAACGCAGUCCACGGCAAGAAGGAUAAGAGAUUGAUGGCGGAAGUGAAUGCAUCACCACUCAAACACUUUGUCACAGCAAAGAAAAAGAUCAACGGGAUCUUUGAACAGUUGGGAGCCUACAUCAGGGAGAGUGCUUCCUUUCUGGAAGAUACUCACAAAAAUGAUGAGCUGGACCCAGUCACCACUGAGGAGCAGGUCCAGGAGGUCCGGGGUUACCUCGCCAAGGUGGCAGGAAUUGGAGAAGUGUUGGCCCGGAGGCAUAUGAAGGUGGUCUUUUUUGGGAGGACCAGCAAUGGGAAGAGCUCAGUGAUCAAUGCCAUGCUGUGUGAUAAGGUGCUGCCGUCUGGAAUAGGACACACCACCAACUGCUUCCUGAGGGUGGAGGGCACCGAUGGCAAUGAGGCCUUCCUCCUCACUGAAGGCUCUGAGGAGAGGAAGAGCAUAAAGACGGUGAACCAGCUGGCCCACGCUCUCCACCAGGAUGAGGACCUAGAUGCUGGCAGCCUGGUCUGUGUCAUGUGGCCUAAAGCCAAGUGUGCUCUGCUCAGGGAUGAUUUGGUGUUGGUGGACAGCCCAGGUAUCGAUGUUACCACAGAAUUGGACAGCUGGAUUGACAAAUUCUGCUUGGAUGCUGAUGUGUUUGUUCUGGUGGCAAACUCAGAGUCCACACUGAUGCAGACGGAGAAGUCCUUUUUUCACAAGGUCAAUGAGCGGCUCUCCAGUCCCAACAUUUUCAUCCUUAACAACCGCUGGGAUGCAUCAGCCUCAGAACCUGAAUACAUGGAGGAGGUUCGUAGGCAGCAUAUGGACCGCUGCACCAAUUUCCUGGUGGAUGAGCUGGCUGUGGUGGACCGAACCCAGGCCAGCGACCGCAUCUUCUUCGUCUCUGCCAAGGAAGUACUCCAGGCUCGAGUGCAGAAAGCUCAAGGAAUGCCCGAAGCAGGUGGAGCACUUGCUGAGGGAUUUCAAGCCAGAAUGUUUGAGUUCCAGAACUUUGAGAGGCGAUUCGAGGAGUGUAUCUCACAGUCAGCAGUGAAGACCAAGUUUGAGCAGCACACAGUGAGGGCCAAGCAGAUCUCUGAAGCCCUGCGCCACAUUAUGGAUUCUGUACACGUUGCUGCACAAGAGCAGAGGGUCUACUGCCUUGAGACCAAAGAGGACCGUCAGGAUAGAUUGGAGUUUAUAGAUAAGCAGCUGGACCUGUUGACCGUGGACUGUAAGGCCAAGAUCAAGAAGAUUACUGAGGAGGUGGAAAGACAGGUGUCUAAUGCCAUGGCGGAGGAGAUCAGGAAGCUUCAUGUGCUGGUGGAUGACUUCCACAUGGACUUCCACCCAUCAUCAGUGGUGCUUAAGGUCUAUAAGAACGAACUUCAUCGACACAUAGAAGAGGGUCUGGGCAAGAAUAUGUCAGAGAGGUGCUCCACCUCUAUCACCAGUGCCCUGCAGGCCACACAGACAGACAUGAUUGAGGGUCUGAAGCCCCUGCUGCCCAGCCCAGUCCGAGAGCAGGUAGAUAAGCUGGUUCCACGUCAAUGCUUCAGCCUUAGUUAUGACCUGGCCUGUGACAAGCUUUGCAGUGACUUUCAGGAGGACAUCAGCUUCCACUUCUCUCUGGGCUGGACCAUGCUGGUUAACCGCUUCCUGGGGCCCAAGAAUACUCGACGGGCCCUCAUGGGGUACAAUGACCAGGUCCCUCGGCCCAUGGCCCUGACUCCAGUCAGCACCAGCAUGCCUCCAUUCCCACAAAGCUCCAUGACUCAGGAGGAGCUUAUGGUCUCCAUGGUGACAGGUCUUGCCUCCCUAACCUCACGCACUUCCAUGGGAGUCCUUGUGGUUGGUGGCGUGAUCUGGAAGGCAGUGGGCUGGCGUCUGAUCGCUCUGUCAGUUGGCCUCUACGGGCUUCUCUACAUCUAUGAGCGGCUCACCUGGACCACCAAGGCCAAGGAGAGAGCCUUUAAGAGACAGUUUGUGGACUACGCUAGCGAGAAGCUGCAACUCAUCGUCAGUUACACCGGAUCCAACUGCAGCCACCAAGUCCAACAGGAGUUGGCGGGUGUCUUCGCUCAGCUGUGCCAGCAGGUGGAUGUCACCCGUCAGAACCUCGAAGAUGAGAUCACUGACAUGAACAGAAAGAUCGAGCUGCUGGACAGCCUGCAGAGCAAGGCCAAGCUGCUGCGGAACAAGGCGGGCUGGCUGGACAGUGAGCUUAACAUGUUCACACAGCAGUACCUCCACCACAGCAAGUAAACCAGAGAGAAUCCACCUGAGAGACUAAACAACACCAGAGAAACAUUUGGUACACCUGCUAAAGUUUCCCCUCUAGAUGACACACACAUGUAUUUUGAUGAUGAGAGGAAAGUGUUAACAAUGUUCUCAGAAGAGUAGAAAUAGAAGGAAUAGUUUGGAUGACUGACAUGAGCAGAGGGAGUUACUGACAGCUUGUGAUAUGGAUGCAUGGACAUGAGUUCAGGAUGAGAUUACUGUUGUCGGUUGGUGAUUCGUCACUCAAAAAUGAAAAGUUUCAACAGGGCCAGCUGUUAAAUAUAAGCCACAACAUGAAAAAAGGUGAAAAGGGUUUUUAUAAAUAUAUAUAUGUAAUUUAUUUGUGGAAUUUUCAACACAAAAAAUAACAAACAGUAAGACUGUACAUAAGCCCUCACACGUAUGACUGGAUAAAUGAAAUAAAACCGGUAAUGAAGAAAUCAUUGGCAGAGGAAGUGAUUAUUCCCAGACAAGAGGGUAGUAACAGCAAUAUAAUCAAAAUAAUGGAAAAAAAAAAACCUAAAACAAAGAUACAACCAGUGUACAAAAUAUGUAAAAGAAAACUUACAAGAAGUGCUACUGGCAUAGAGAAUAAAGGUGCAGUUUGGGUGUUUCUCAGCCAAUGGGGACAGAAUCCAGCUGUGGGGACCUGACAGCCAAAUUUCAGAAAAUAUUACGAUAGAGCCACGAAGGGAAGUGUUUUAAUUCUUAUGAAAAAAGAGUUUAACCACAGACUCCAGGGCAAAAUAUCCCCACAGUGUGUCUCCUGAACAGAAGCACCGUCUGAGCUCUCCUUGUAUCCUUAUCCACAUUGUUAUGUGACUUGUAUCAGCUUCUGUCAGAAACUCUGCCCUUUUUUAAUUUCCAGUUAAGUCUGCCGUAUUGGAACAUGUGUACAUUUGGUUUUGUAUAUACAUUUUGAAAACCGGCUAAGUGCCAUGUUGAGCAACAUGCAGACCACAUGAGAAAAAGGACGAAAGUGUCUUAUAUUAGUAGGAUAAUGCUAUGAGCUAAAGACAUGCAAUGUAAUUUAUUUCUCCAGCUGUUAGUGUAUUUUGAAAUUGUAGCAGAGAAUGAUGCAAUCACAAUCAUUGUUGUUCAGUUGAAGGUUAUUUGAAAUGCCACAGGGAAAGAAACUGUUGUACUGACACAUUCACACUUUCUCAUAUGGUUUCAGUUGAAGUGACAAGGAGGAAAAUUACUAUUUGCUAAAGCUUAGUUCCAUGAGAUGAGUAGAGGUGAUUGCACCUGUCCCGGGCCUGUUGACAUAGAGUGGCCCAAAAAUACAAGCACUGAAUGACUCACUAAACUUAUUGCUCCCACCUGCUGCAUGUGCAUUUCUGUGCCAUGCUUCAUUCGUGUGCAACAGUUUGUGAGAAUGCAUUAUUUAGGCUGUGAAGUGAGUGAAUAGAUGUUAGCUGGCUUAAUGGUGAUGCAGAAAUUAUAAGAUACCUGUAUGUUAUGACAUAAAGCAUAAGGCUGCUUUAUAUUUUUCUUAAUGUCAACAAAUUCCAUUUGCAAAGCCAAACCAACAAUGUGUCUCUCAACACUUUCUGACUUCCAUACUUCUGUCUGUAGAUUGCAACCAAAUCUUUAAAAAUGCCUCACAAAUACAUAGAUGGUAUGGGCACUGUGGUCUUAGUUAAACUUUAAUCAAACAGGAGAGCAGUGCAUUUGUUGGGGACUGUUUUCAGCUGCAACAAUGGAGAUCCAUGGCACAGAGAUUAGAUAUCUCAGGCUUUGGACACACACACACACACACACACUACCUGUUAGUAGGUUACAGUCAUUGUUGGUUUUGGUCUUUGCAUGGAAUUUGUCAACAAGACUAAAUAUAUAGAAUAUCACAAGACAGAUUGUUUUUUGUAAUUAUACCCUAUCAUAAAUGAUUUUAGUCAGUUGCAGUAUUUAGCAUGGCUACAGAAGAAAAUUGGGAACAUAGGCAGGUCUGACCUCAUUUCAGUCAAAAUUCUGAGAUUGAAGUCAGAACUUUGAUCUUUUCAAAUUUCCAAAUCUCUAGUCUGACUGGUAAAUGUACUGAUAUAAGCCUCUCACAGAAAUAAGUAUCAGCAUAUAUGUCAACUACUAAAUAACAAAUGUCAGUGCAGAAAUGCCAGAGGGAGGUCAUUUAGAAACUGAGUUUGUCCACCAGUAAACACUGAAAUGUAUUUUUACACUUUAAAAUGUCCCACUGAGCACAUAACCUGGUCUGUGCUUUAAUAACCAAAUAUAAGGGAUUCCUAUCAGAAAUGUUAAUGUUAUUUGUUUAUGUAAAAAUAGCUCAGAUUCAGCUGAUGUGUCAUUAUCAGUUUUUUUUACACAUUGACAUAUCAAUAUCAGUUUCUUCUACCUUAUGUUUGAUGUUUUAAAACAUCAGUUUGGAGUUCAGAUGGAAUUUUAUGUCACGUAUGCUAAAACAAAAUCAGGAUGUGCUACAUGAGAAUGUAUUUCUACUUUCUCUUACUUAAACUCAGAACCUUGAUUUUUGCUCACUAUUCACAAAUUAUAUCAGACCUCAGUAACAUUUUUGUCUUGCACUGAAUGCAUAUGUGGGUUGGGCUCUGUUAGUGUGGAGCUGCCUGCUCUCUGCCUCUUUCUGUCACAUAUGGUUGUACUGCAAAAGAAGGGGGUAGGGAUUUCAACUACAUGUGGUGGGCGUGUAAGAGUGGCCAAAUCCAGCAACAGCCCACUGUUGUGAAAUUGUACUUUUGGUUUCUAAAAUGUGUAUAUAAUUUAACGUACUACUUUGCCUUCCAGUUAGAAAAUGUUGAAAGAGGAAAAUCCCCUCCGAGUGGAUGAGCCUGGAUUUGUCCAGUAGGCUGUCUCAGUUGAUUGGGUCAUGAUGUAAAAUAAAGCCAUCGACUGUGAUGCCCAGUGAGCAGGAGGUCUGCCAUAUAACACUUUCUUCAGAGUGAAGACAUGCACUUUACCUAGUUGCUGCUUUUUAAUUAUUAUUUUUUUCUCUUCACUAAAGGUUGUCUUUCCCCGCAGUGUAAAACCACUAUAUAGCUGUGUUAGGCUUCAGGAAGGUGAACGUUUCUGCAUGCAGUGAUUGUUGUAGUUUGUUGACCUGUUAAAAUGUUCAAACGUGUGUAUAUAUAUAUAUAUAUAUAUUAUAUAUAUAUAUAUAUAUAUAUAUAUACAUAUGAAAUGUAUGUAUGUAUAAAAAAAGAAAUAAAGGUGAAACAAUGCUAAAAGAAGUUUAUUUGUAGUAUAUUGAACUAUUGAACAUUUACAACAGCAAAUUAGUUUCUCUCGCGCAUCCAAUCACAGUUAGAGUUAACUUUGCCGUCAAGUGAUAACGAGUGGUUGUACUGUGUGUACUACACAUCUCCUUGUUAAAAAGAAACAAUAUUAGCUAGCACGCGUGGACCUGGUAAACAUCAUGGACAUCUGCCAAGAUUUUCAUACUGUUUGUGUACAAACAUUAAAUGUGGCUUG